ACUCCACACACACUCUCACACACACACACACACACAGAGGACACGCAGUGAAGACUUGAGGGGACUUGCUGUUGGCUGCUUUCUUCUGGACAAUGGCUCUUUUAUCCACCAGCCUCCCUGAUMAUUUGACCUCACUGGCUGAAGAUGGAAACGAAACACAUCUUAUUUGCCCACUUGAAUCCGUCAACUGGUCCUUCACUUAUGUCCCAGUGUACAUCCUGUUCAUCUCUGUUCUGGGAAUAGUUUUCAACAUCUUUGUGCUGAUGAUCUUCAUCCUCCAUAAGAAGCCCUGCACCGUGGCUGAGAUCUACCUGAGCAACCUGGCUGCUGCUGACCUGCUGCUGGUCUCCUUCCUGCCCUUCUGGGCUGUCAGCGCUUGGAAUAAGUUUGAGUGGAUUUUUGGUCUUGCCAUGUGCAAAAUGGUCARCGUGAGCAUCCUGAUGAACGUCUACUGCAGCAUCUACUUCCUGGUUCUGAUUAGCAUCGAUCGCUAUUUGGCCGUGGUCCAUCCACUGUCCCAGGAAAAAAUGCGUCGCCCAAAAUUUGCUAAAAUUAGUUGCGCUGUGGUUUGGAUUCUGGGAUUAAUUCUUAGUGUUCCAAAAUUCAUCAACAGAAAAUUGGAACCUCACRAUAAUAUUACUUAUUGUAGUGAAGCUGAUUUAGAGAYGACUGAGUGGAUGAUUUUGGUGUUAGGGUUUUUAAUUCCCAUUUCCAUCAUUUUCUUUUGCACUGUGAACAUCCUCAAAGCUCUGAGAAACAGAUCGAUCCAAGGAGUAAAUGCAAAGAAAAAGGAUCACAAGGCCAACACUUUGGUGCUGGUUGUCCUGCUGGCGUUCCUGAUCUGUUGGGUCCCGUACCAUCUGCGGAAAGUCCCGACCUGGCUCCACAARGCCGGAAUCCUGACAGRCUGYASSUMUAAGAAAAUCCAGCACUUCUGUGGGCAGAUCUUCACCUACUUGGCGUUCUUCAACAGCGUUCUCAACCCCAUUCUCUACGUCAUUGUUGGGAAAAACUUCCGGAAAAAAGUUAAGGAACUUUUUCUGCAGUCGAACCACAAACGGAGUUCAACCAUGACUCUAAGAAGUUCAAAAACAAAACUAUCAAUAUUACAUCCAUCCUAGUUCUGACUUAAUGCUCAUUCAGCUCACUUCCUCUAUGAGACGUUUAUUAUUCAGGUAUGUAUUUAAGCUAUUUUAAUGUUUUACCGUAAACAUUUGGUGGGUCAUUCUGAAUUUUUGUUGGUUUCUUUAUUGUGAAUUGAGUAAUUCAAGUACUGCAUACAAACCUGAUCCAAUCUGCUAAGAUAGAAAACUUUUUARCCCAAUUUGAAUAAACGGCUUAAUGUGCCGUUUGGCAGAUGAACUCAGAUCAACUGGAAUGGAUGAGACUGAACUGAAAGGACUUUUUUUUUGAAAAAGUGCCUCGAGACUACUUUUUUUGUAAGUUGUUCAACGUAAAUAAACUGAAAUGAAUUGAAAAAAAAAACAACAGGCAAACAAAAACAGAUGCAACAAAAAGCAUGAAGAAGAAAAACCUUCAAAUGUGUAAAAGCACCGAGGGAGGAGCAGCAGAUCAGCUGUCAGAGCAGAAACCAUCAUACAAAUAAGAGGCUGCUCAAUAGUGACCAAACCGUUCAGGAAUCCCAACAGAUCCCAACAGAUUCCAAUAGAUCCUAACAGAUCCCAAAAGAUUCCAACAGAUCCUAACAGA